AAUAUCUCAACCCCAACAACAAGUCUCGUAAGCCGGUGGCCACUCCUCCCACUUAACUCCCUCAGACGCCGUUUAUUUAACUCCAUUCCUAAUUCCUUCCUUCGUAAUCAUCCCGCAACCUCUCCUCUCCAUCCCUCUACAUCGCCGGUUCAAUCCUUCCGUCGAUUGGUCAAGUAGGACGGGCGAUCGAUGAAAAUGGAGAAUCAAGUGGGCGCCGGAGAUCUGCGUCACCUCUUCGCCUGCUCCUUCCUUUUCUACUUCUCCGUCUGCAUGGUGCUUCCGGCGAUCAUCGACGUCACCAUCGACGCCCUCUGCCCCGGCCUGGAGCAGUGCUCCCUCGCCAUCUACCUCGGCGGCGUCCACCAAGCGGCAACUGGUUUAGGCGCCCUCUUCGUGACGCCUUUGGUGGGUAAUUUGUCGGACAAGUACGGUCGAAAAGCCUUGCUCUCCCUUCCAAUGACCACUGCAAUUAUACCAUUAGUUAUUUUAUCCUGCGGUCGGUCGAAACCGUACUUCUAUGCCUACUACGUGGCGAAGAUGUUGACCGGCAUGUUCUGUGAAGGGAGCAUGCAAUGCCUCACCCUCGCUUACGUGGCGGAUGCAGUUUGCGAGCGGAAGAGGGCGGCGACCUUCUCCGUACUCUCCGGCAUAUCCCUCGCCGGUUUCGUCUCCGGUACGCUCGCCGCCCGUUUCCUCCCCACCUCCUACACGUUCCAGGUCGCUGCUUUGGUCGCAGCUUUCGCAACGCUAUACAUGAAGAUCUUUUUGGCGGAAACCAACCGUGGAGCUUCACUCGCAGACGAGGAGUCCACCCAGCCACUCUGCUUCGACGAACACAAGCCACCAAAGCUAUCCGCUUUGGGGAAUAUUUCGGCGUUGAGUGACAUGAUUGCCCUCCUAAGGAGUAGCAAGAACUUAACAAGAGCUGCUGCUGUUGCAUUUUUCGCCAAUCUUUCUGACAGUGGCUAUCAAGUAGCACUAUUGUACUAUCUAAAAGCAAAGUUUCACUACAGCAAAGAUCAGUUUGCUGAUUUGAUGUUGAUGAUAGGUUCUUUAGGAGCCGCAUCACAGUUAUUAUUAAUGCCAUUACUAGCACCUGCCAUAGGCGAGGAGAGACUUUUGAUUAUCGGUCUGUUGGCGAGCUGCGCACAUAUAUUUCUCUACGGCAUUGCAUGGGCAUAUUGGGUCCCCUAUUUGUCCGCUGCGUUUACGAUUCUGAGUGUAUUCCUUCACCCAAGUCUCAGGAGCAUUGUAUCAAAGAAAGUCGGUCCAGCUGAGCAGGGGAUGGCUCAAGGGUGCGUCACCGGCGUAGCUUCAUUCGCGAGCAUUUUGGCACCGUUCAUCUUCACCCCUCUCACCGCUCUGUUUCUAUCAGACAAUGUGCCAUUUUCUCUCAAAGGUUUCAGUAUUAUCUCCGCCGGGUUCAUAACGCUGGUAGCUUUCUUUCUGAGCAUCGCAUUGAGCAAGAAGACGAGUACAACAUAGCCAUACCAGAAAGCACUCCUCGAUCAGUACUUUAAGAUAUCGUUACUUCGAAGUAACAAUCCGCAAAGCCGCAGCGUAUCCAAAAGAGGUUCACUUCGUUUGUAUAGAUGUACUAAUUUAAAAGCAGAAGAGUCGGAAGAUCUCUACUUGAUGGAAGGCCGAGAAGGAAGAAAACAUAAGAUACCUUCCCUGUUUCGACACUUAUUUAUCUAUUAUUAUAUAUUUCAAGCUUUUACUUAAAUCGCUCCUUAUCCUUGUGAAGGGAGGGAGGGUCCCUCUAAAAAUAUAUAGGUGGUUGGGCCCGCCACCAACCAUUGGCAACGAGGACAGGCGAUACACACCAUUUAGAAUGAAUCCGUUUAUGGCA